GCACCUGUAAAUCCACUAAUAAAAUACGAACGCCAGCCCCUCCAUGAGGAGCACGAAGACCUCGUGCACAAGGGUUACGUUGGAAACCCAGAAGAUACUGAGGAGAACUGGAGGCGCCUACUCGAACCCCACUGUAUCGAGUACAUCCGACGAACCAUCAUGUGUCACGCUGACGUUUCUGUUUACGCUGCGACUUGGAUCGCAGAUUCGCACGAAAAUCCCAACAAGGAUCUAAUAUCCAAUGGAGAGAGGGAAUGUGUGAAUUGGGAUGCCAUCGACAAAUGGUCUCGCUCGCGAGCACUGAAGAAGAAGGUGUACAAAGUGAAGCCUGGACCCUUUGAGAAGAAUCUGCACCCUGACGAGGGUGAUCUUUCUUGA